CUAAAAAACAGAAAAACGACAGCGCAGUGAAAAUUGCAUCCAUUUUCUCGUCAAAGUGCAAAAAAUUUUAGGUUUAUCCGUGAAUUAGUAAGAAUUGAGGUCGGCGCUUCAGACCGCUUUGUAGAGAAAAGGUAUACUUCUCAUCGGAACUAAGCACAACGUUAAAACAGCCAUGUUAACCAAUUUUGAAACAAAAUCGGCCCGAGUAAAGGGGCUUUCGUUCCAUCCAAAGCGGCCGUGGGUUUUGGCAAGUUUGCAUAGCGGCGUAAUCCAACUUUGGGACUAUCGUAUUAGUACUUUGAUCGAGAAAUUUGAUGAACAUGACGGGCCGGUACGCGGUAUUGCGUUCCACAGCCAGCAGCCACUAUUUGUCUCCGGUGGUGAUGACUUUAAAAUCAAGGUUUGGAAUUAUAAGCAGAGACGGUGUAUUUUUUCUCUGCUCGGUCAUUUGGACUAUGUCCGGACAACGGUAUUUCAUCAUGAGUAUCCAUGGAUACUGAGCGCUUCGGAUGAUCAAACCAUUCGUAUCUGGAAUUGGCAAUCUAGGUCCUGUAUUUGUGUGCUGACCGGUCACAAUCACUAUGUUAUGUGUGCUCAAUUUCAUCCAACGGAUGACAUUAUCGUUUCGGCUUCGUUGGAUCAGACUGUGAGGAUUUGGGAUAUUUCUGGAUUGCGCAAGAAAAACGUAGCCCCAGGACCAACCGGGUUGGAUGAUCACCUGAAGAAUCCAACCGCAACUGAUUUGUUCGGUCAGGCUGAUGCUGUGGUAAAACAUGUACUGGAGGGACAUGAUCGAGGAGUUAACUGGGCUAGUUUUCAUCCGACGUUGCCCUUAAUUGUAUCUGGGGCGGACGAUCGACAAAUCAAGCUAUGGAGGAUGAACGAGUACAAAGCUUGGGAGGUGGACACUUGUCGUGGACAUUAUAAUAAUGUAUCUUGCGUUUUGUUCCAUCCAAGGGCAGAGCUGAUUGUCUCAAACAGUGAAGAUAAAAGUAUUCGCGUCUGGGAUAUGACUAAGAGGCAAUGCAUUCAUACUUUUAGAAGAGAACAUGAGCGGUUCUGGAUUAUGACCGCGCAUCCAAACUUGAAUCUGUUUGCUGCGGGACACGAUUCCGGAAUGAUUGUAUUUAAGCUUGAACGUGAGCGACCAGCCUAUGCUGUUUAUGGAAACUGCUUGUACUACGUGAAGGAACGGUUUCUUCGCGAACUUGAUUUCAAUACUAAAUCCGAUACGGUUUUAAUGACAAUACGGGGUGGAGGAAAAACUCCCGUGUAUAGCAUGUCUUAUAACCCUGCAUUGAAUGCAGUGCUGUUGUGUACCAGAACUUCCAAUUUGGAAAACAGCACCUAUGAUUUGUAUAGCAUUCCACAGAAAGACAGUGGCUCGCAAAAUACUGAAACCGAUAGUAAGCGUUCGUCCGGUGUUACAGCGGUUUGGGUUGCACGAAACCGAUUUGCCGUUUUGGAUCGUUCCAACCAAUUGGUUAUUAAAAACUUCAAGAAUGAAGUUACCAAGAAGAUCCAAACCCCGGUUUGUGACGAAAUAUUUUACGCCGGAACGGGAAUGCUUCUACUUCGAGAACCGGAGCAUGUGACAUUGUUCGAUGUACAGCAGCUGCGCACUUUGGCGCAGGUUAAGAUUGCCAAGUGCAAGUACGUUGUCUGGUCCACCGAUAUGAGUCACGUUGCGCUUCUCGCCAAACAUACUUUGAACAUUUGCAAUCGUCGCCUGGAUUUACUGUGUUCCAUACACGAGAGUGCUCGAAUCAAAAGCGGAGCUUGGGAUGAUUCCGGCGUGUUUAUCUAUACCACUUCGAAUCACAUCAAGUACGCGAUUAUUAACGGUGAUCACGGAAUCAUACGUACUUUGGAUUUACCGAUCUACAUAGCCCGGGUCAAGAAUAGUCAAGUUUUUUGUCUGGAUCGUGAAUGUAGAACACGAGUACUGAAUAUUGAUACAACCGAAUACAAAUUCAAGCUGGCGUUGAUCAACCGAAAGUACGAGGAAGUCUUGCACAUGGUGCGUAACGCACGGUUAGUCGGUCAAAGCAUCAUUGCCUAUUUGCAGCAGAAAGGUUACCCGGAAGUAGCCUUGCAUUUCGUCAAGGAUGAAAAGACUCGCUUUGGUUUGGCACUAGAGUGCGGUAACAUCGAGGUUGCUCUGGAAGCAGCCAAGGCUUUGGACGAUAAGCAGUGCUGGGAAAGGUUGGCGCAGACUGCUCUUAUGCAAGGCAACCACCAGGUGGUGGAAAUGUGUUAUCAACGUACGAAGAAUUUCGACAAGUUAUCUUUCCUCUAUCUGAUUACGGGCAACCUGGAGAAGCUGAAGAAAAUGAACAAGAUUGCAGAAAUCCGUAAAGACGUAUCUGCACAGUAUCAGGGCGCUCUGCUGCUGGGAGACGUCAAGGAACGCGUUUCAAUACUGAAAAAUUGCAAUCAAACGUCGUUGGCUUAUCUAACAGCCAAGACCCAUGGUUUAGAGGAAGAUGCCACCCAGCUGGCUGAAACUAUCACAGCUGCUGGAAAGAAUUUGCCAGAAGUGCAGCCGAAUGCGAAGUUUUUGCGCCCUCCGGUUCCUAUUCAGCAAGCCGAAAGUAACUGGCCACUAUUGACGGUUUCCAAAGGAUUCUUCGAAGGAACAAUGAUGUCUCGUGGAGCUGCAACUGUUCACCAGGCACUGGCAGCCACUGAAACUGUGGUAGAAGCAGCGGAUGAGGACGGUUGGGGUGUCGAUGAAGAUUUACGCGAUGAUGAUAAGUUUGAAGAUGCCAAGGAUGAUAGCGACAAUAAAGCUGAGGGAGGAGAAGGUGCCGGAUGGGAUGUGGGAGAUGACGAUUUGGAGUUGCCAGAGGAACUAAUGUCGAAAAUCUCAGCCAGCAAUACAGGAGAUAAAGGCUUUUAUGCUGUUCCACCAAAAGGUUUGCCACCUUCGCACUUUUGGACAAUUAAUUCUCAGCUCGCGGCCGACCACGUUCGUGCCGGAUCGUAUGAAACAGCUUUCCGAUUAUUGCAUGAUCAAGUUGGAGUCGUCAAUUUUACUCCCUACAAGGAAAUCUUCAUGGAGUCACACAUCGGUUCCAAAACUUCCUAUACAUGUCUUCCCAGUAUUGGUCCUUUACCGGCUUAUCCGAAUCGAAAUUGGAAGGAGCUGAACGUUAAAAAUUGUCAUCCCACUUUGGCAUUCAAAUUAAAUGAUUUAGUACAGAUGCUGCAGACAUGUUAUCAACUAACUACCACCGGGAAGUUUACCGAGGCGAUUGAAAAGCUGCAACAUAUAAUGCUUUGCAUUCCAUUGCUGGUGGUUGAAUCUCGACAGGAAAUCGCUGAAGCCCAGCAACUGUUAACUAUCUGUCGCGAGUAUGUUGUUGGUUUGCAAAUGGAGACACUUCGCAAAGGACUGCCGAAAAAUACGCUGGAUGAGCAGAAGCGGAUCUGUGAACUGGCGGCUUACUUUACUCACGUUAACUUGCAGCCGGUGCACCAAAUUUUAACUUUAAGAACAGCACUAAAUUUGUUUUUCAAGCUGAAGAACUAUAAAACAGCUGCUUCAUUCGCGCGUCGUUUGAUUGACUUGGGCCCUCGCCCAGAGGUCGCCAAUCAAGCACGAAAAAUACUGUCAGCGUGUGAAGUAAAUGAAACUGAUGAGCACAUGCUGCAAUAUGACGAACACAAUCCAUUCACUUUAUGUGCGGUUACCUACAAACCAAUUUAUCGUGGCAAGCCGGAAGAGAAGUGUUCCCUCUGUUCAGCGUCCUAUCAGCCUGCGUAUAAAGGAGUAACCUGUGCGGUUUGUCAAGUGGCUGAAAUAGGCAAGGAUGUCAUCGGUCUGAGGAUUAGUGCUUCGCAAUUCAAGUAACUUGAGCUGCAGUUCGAUUCGCAUUUACAACAUAAAUGCAUAUAAACUUUUAUUACGUAUUCAAUAUAAUCUACACACACGUACAUUUAUUCCAUUCCCAUUGCGUCGUUGAAACCAACGACCAGAGAGUACUGUAACGUGAAAUGAUUAAAAAUCAAUAAAUACAUUGCUAGUUCAUUAGUGUUACUCUUAAGCUUAACUGUAUGAA